AUGAGAGGUGGUGAUUAUGUGUUUCUUCUACAAAUUGUUGUUGUAUUGUUAUUGUAUUUUCCCUUUGGAAGAGGAAGACAAAUUGGGGGCUCAAAUAGCAUUGUCAAAACAAUUAAGGUUGGAGAUGAAGAUAUAAUUGAUUGUAUUGACGUGCACAAACAACUAGCUUUGACUCAUCCACUCCUUAAAAACCACACUAUACAGGUUUUUUUUUUUUUUUUUUUCUUCCUUAAACUCAUUAGUUCGGUUAAGUUUUUGUCAAACUUUGAUAAUUUAAUACUUAUUUAUCUUUAUUGGUUGUCUAUUAAUAUUUUAUUGACCCAUGAGAAAAUGGAACCGAGAACGUAUCCAAGUACGUUGAAAUCAAUGAACGGAACAUUUGAGCUUAAACAGUCUUGGCACAAGUAUGGACGGUGUCCAUACGGUUCCAUCCCAAUUAGUCGUAAAUACAGUGGUUAUAACUCUAGCAAUGUACAAAGAAAAUCAUCAUCACCUUUUGCAGAAGCAUUAUCAAAUCUUAAGAUGCAUAAGUAUGCUAUGAUCCAAAUAAAAGCAGGUGACGAACCUGGAAAGUUCAGAGGAGUGCAUGGAGUUUUGAAUGUAUGGAACCCUGUUGUAAACCCUAUAGGUCUAAGCCUUUCACAAAUAUGGAUCGUUGCUGGCGAUGCUAAAAAUCUCAAUACAAUAGAGGCUGGUUGGCGGAGGGAUAACUACAUGUCUACGGGAUGCUAUGACCUAAGCUGUCCGGGUUUUGUGCAAACGAACAAGGAUUUUGCUGUGGGUGCAUACAUAGAUUCCUCCUCUGUUUAUGGCGGAUUACAAAAAUCAAUUAAUCUAUACAUAUACCAGGAUCAAUCAACAAAAGAUUGGUGGUUAACGUAUGGUGGCAAAGCAAUGGGAUAUUGGCCAGCUUCCUUAUUCACAAGCAUGACAGACAAAGGUGGUGAUAUAGUAGCAUGGGGUGGAGAAGUGGCAGAUGAAAUGGCACAAGACAACAACACUAUUACACAAAUGGGCAGUGGACAUUUCUCAAAUGAAGGUUUUGGUAAAUCAUGUUAUAUUCGUGAUUUAUUCUAUGUUGAUUAUGCUGAUAAUAAUUUCAAAGAAGUUCAUCCUAAACAAGAAGAUUUUGAAGUCCUUACAUCUGUGCCCGAAUGUUAUGAUAGUAAAUUUGUCCAGAAUGCUGAGCUUAGAUUCUAUUUUGGAGGUCCUGGAUGUCAACCUACAUAA